CCUUCGAGGGAACAGAAAGAAAAAAAAACAAAACAACUGCAGACUCUGCUGGCCUCUUGAUUUUAAAUGAAGACAGAAGUGAGUGCUGGAGCUCUCCCAGGCAGGAAAGCCCACUCUGAUCCCUGCAGUGAACGCCACCAUCAGGCUGGACGCUGGUAAUGACGCUGCUCUUGUCUUACUGCGAAAUGCAUGACACCUUCCACCAGCUUGUUCUCUCCUCUGUAAAUAGCACGUAUGUAUCACUGCAGACCUGGCUGUGGCCGUGACCACGGGGUCAGACGAGAGCGGACACACACACACACACACACACACACACACACGGCAUUAAAAUCUGCUCUGGGUGAAGUACAGAGCAGUGGAGAAAAGCACCUGUAACCGUUGUUGUUGUCAAACUGCGAGUCAACUCUGUAACAGAGGGGAAUAAAAGAUAAAAGAGUGGGGUCAGCAGACGGGAGAGGAAACAAAGGGGGAGGAGAGUAAAAACAGCUGAGAGGGAAGAGAGAGGAGAGAGGAGCAGAGGGUAGGAAGGCAGAACAUUAGGGGAGUGGGGACCUUAUCCUGGAAUAGCCAGCAACUAGAGCUGCAGACUCCACCUUCCCCAACCCUCCCCGUACUCUCUCUCCCUCUCUCUCUCUCCCUCUCUCAGUCUGUCAUUUGACCAGGCAGUUCACUAAGGCAAGAGCUCAGCACUCAGAAGACACCAGAGGACAGAGGACACUUUCAGUCUGUACAACAAUACGCUCUUCUUUGGCUGAAUCUCACCAGCUGACAAAACCCCGGUGAAUGUGGAUUUGCUUCUAUCUUCUCGUCCACUGCGUUUAAGGAGUUCUCCACUCUGUGGAUGUGGACUUCAACUCUGUCUGCAGUCAGCUGAGAAAGAGGAGCAACUGUCAUUCUUUUUUUGGGGAGGGGGAUUUACCUUCACUCCAGUCAGGGGGAGUGAGGUGGACACUCAAACAGACGAGACGAGACCGAGACAGAGACGGAGACUGAGAGAGGAAGUCAGAGGGUGAGAAGGUGAGAGGCUGACAGAGAGGGUCCCGGGCCAUGCCCUCCUCUGCUCAUGGUUCGACAGCAUGAAAAGGGGCCACCAUCACUAUCGCCACCACCGAGGCUGUGGCUGCCAACACUUGUUCCGUAAAGUCCUGGCCAAGUGUGGAUGUUGUUAUGCCCGAGUCAGAGACUCGUACUCUGCAGCGGGCAGUGAAGGCAGCAUUUCCACCUCAGUGGUGUCUCUGCCUCCACAGGCAUCAGGCAGCUCUGCCCCCAGCUCCCCGGGCUCCAGACGUUCUGUAAGCACCCUGAAGAAGUGGCUCACAAACCCUGUCCGCAAACUCAGCGUUGGGGCCAGUUCCAAAGGAGAACGCCAGGUCCGCAAAAUUGAAGGAAAACCUCCGUCUUCCAGCCACAGCCAGGAUCUGGGAAACUCACCAAGGCCUGAUGAGCCGCUCACUAUCCUGCCCGUCACCCACAGAGAGCUGGAGUGGAAAGAUGGCCUGGCGAGCCCUGAGGACCUGUCACCGGCGACACUGCAGUCUCCCGGCUACAUCACUGACUCACUUAUUGGCCGUGCGUCACUGCCAAACAACCAGGACACUCAGUCCACCAGUGUUUUACCAGAUGACAGCGGGUCCAUGUUGAUGGACGACACCUGCAGCCAAUGGUCAGCUGUGGCCGAAACUGAAGAGGAGAGGAGGAGCGCGGCGGAGAAGAGCAUGUAUGUGCUGAAGGAGCUGAUUGAGACAGAGAAAUACUAUGUGGAAGACCUGGGGCUGAUAGUGGAGGGCUACAUGGCCACGAUGAACUCCAAGGGUAUACCGGAGGACAUGAAGGGAAAAGACAAGAUCGUUUUUGGGAACAUUCACCAAAUAUAUGACUGGCAUAAAGACUACUUCCUGGGAGAGCUUGAGAAGUGUUUGGCAGAGCCAGAAAGGCUGGCUCAGCUCUUCAUCAAACAUGAGAGGCGUCUGCAUAUGUACGUUGUGUACUGUCAGAACAAACCCAAGUCGGAGCACAUUGUCUCUGAGUACAUCGAGACUUACUUCGAGGAGAUGCGGCAGCAGCUGGGCCACAGGCUGCAGCUCAACGACCUGCUCAUCAAACCUGUCCAGAGGAUCAUGAAGUACCAGCUGCUACUCAAGGACUUCCAUAAGUAUUACACCAAAGCUGGGAUGGACACGGAUGAGCUGGAGAAAGCUGUGGAGGUCAUGUGCUUUGUGCCAAAACGCUGCAACGACAUGAUGAACGUGGGCAGACUUCAAGGCUUCGAGGGUAAAAUCACAGCCCUGGGCAAACUGCUCCAGCAAGACACCUUCACUGUCAGUGAGCAGGACAGCGGCUUCCUGUCCCGAGCCAAGGAAAGGCGGGUCUUCCUGUUUGAGCAGCUGGUGAUCUUCAGCGAGCCAAUCGACAGGAAGAAAGGUUUCUCAAUCCCUGGAUACAUCUUCAAAAACAGCAUCAAGGUGAGCUGCCUCGGAGUGGAGCCCAGUGUGGAUGGUGAUGAUGCACGCUUUGUGCUGACAUCACGCAACACUGACGGGAGUGUGGUGAGAUUCCAGCUGCAGGCCUCCUCCCCGGAGAUCUGCAGAGCCUGGUUCGACGACGUGGUGCAGAUUCUGGAGAGCCAGCGCAACUUUCUCAAUGCCUUACAGUCACCUAUUGAGUACCAGCGUCGAGAGAGCAAGUCAAACAGCCUUGGUCGCAGCAUGAGGCCUCCUCUGUCUUCUGCUAGUGCCCUAAGACCCCACUCCUCUGCCUCCAUUGAUCGCCACAAACUGCCGUCGCUCCACUCUUACAACACUUCUUUGCCUGCUCUUUAUCUACCAAGCCAGGGCCAAGGACCCACCGAGACGUACUCAGUGCAGGACCCCACAGUGGUCCAGCCGUGCCCUGCUGACACACACACUGUCUCUCUGUCACUAGUCCAACUGGGCUUCAGUAAUCAGCCAAACUGUCAAGCUGUGUCAAAUGGGCCUUUCACAGCCACCACACAGAUAACACAGCGGCGUGUCCCUCUGUCAUCAUUCAGCUGUGAUCCCAAGAAGGAAGGUGAUGAGAGGCCAGCAGCGUCUUUGGAACAUGCUAUUGCUAGUACACAGCAAACAGGAAGUAGACUGAGCCAGAGGAGGAAGUCAGCAAGAGAUGCCUAUCAAGGGCAGAUAAUCACUUCCUGUACUUGUGCCUGGUUGAAAAGACGGAACUCAGGCCAAUGUGUGACUUAGACCGAGGCUUGUCGGGACUAAAAUCAAGCAGGGUGAAAGAGUCAGGACCAAGUUAUUGUGUCUUGGAAAUUGGAAUGUAAAUUAAAUCUAAUAUUGAAGUAGAAAAGAUUUGAAGAUAAAAAGAUAUUUAUCUCAUAUAUCAGUUGCACAUAAAAAUAUCUAUCGGUGUAUGUAUAUAUUUAUAUGUGUGUGUGUUACCUCUUUCUUCCAGCAGAGAGCAGGAGAGUCCUGUCGCAGGGGUCCAUCUGUGGACACUGGGACCCAGGGUCCUCUGUCAGGUUUCUCCACUGGACGACGACCAAGUAACCUGGCUCAGCUCGCUGAGGAUGACCUAUGAACUCUGAUGUGGCCGGUCUACUGAAGCGGGAGCAGCUAAAGCUACAGCUGUGUGCACAAGAAGCCGCGUCUGCAGAUGCUUCUCACCAGGCCGACCCCUGACCUGGGUCAAAAGUGAUUGUCAGAUUAAAUGAAGGAAUUUUGAGCUGCAUUCAACUCAAACAUUUAAUAAAUUACUCUGCCCUGCCGCCUUUGAGAAAAAUUGAUAGCGAAGAAUGGAUUUUUAGCCUAGCUCCCAAUUGACAACAUAGUGAUAUUUAGUGUUACAAUCGGAAGCGUUUUACCGUUUGAGAGUUAGCUUAUUACAACCAUCUCUCUUUAAAGGGCAUGAGAGAUGAUCAUUGAAAAUCCAUUCCUGUUUGGGGCGGACACUGGAGCAGCGUGUGUGUGUAUGUGUGGAUGUAUGUUUAUGGAAUGAUGUGUGAAAGUGCCAGACUUUGUGAAGGUGUAGAAGAAGUUCCUGUGGCUCUUCUUCUACUCCCUCUAGAAUCUUCUCCAGGAUUUUUGUUGUUGUUGUUCUGAAGCCCCAAGUGAGGACAAGUACAUCUUUGUACAAACACUUUGUCAUUCCCCUGCUGACAACUGAGUUUGCUGUUUAUGGUUACGACAGGAAUGGGAAAAGGCAGAACACUUGAUGUGAAGAUGCCACAUGGACUUUACUAACUCAGAAAAAAAAAACAUCUAAAAGUGAAAGAACUUUCUCUCCUGUGCUCUCCUAUUCUGUUUGACUGGCCCUCUUUUGAUCUGAACAAAAAAGGUGUGAGGGAGCCCCCUGGAGGUUCUCUGUGGGUAUGACGUCACUUCAGUGUACUUCUUGCUCUAGGGGUCAACCCCAGAAGAGUUGAACGAGAGGUUUAAAAAAAAAAAGAAAGAAAGAAAAGGGACUGCUGUACUGGCCCAACGUGUUGCUGCCAUCUUCUCUUUGUUGGGAGACUGGCACCAUAAUAUUUUGAGUUUUUCAUGAUUUGAUGACACAUGUUGAAAAAUGAAAUGGUUUAAACUAGGGCUGUCAAGUAUGCUUUGCAUUUAAAAUAUAAUUUUUAACAUUUUAAAUAUUAAGGGGAUUAAUCAAAAUCAAGUGCACGAUGUCGGGCUGGUUGGUUCAGUGGGUUUUGCAAAGAAAUAUAGAAAUAGGUGGAGACACAGGAUCAAUGACAUAAAUAUAAACAAAUACAUAUGAAAGAAAAUUAGAUACUUCUCUUAGAUGCCAAAGAAAAUGACUGAAAGUUGUGUGGCUUUUGUUCAAAAGUGAAACUCCUUGAACAUGUGCCAUGUGUAGGAAUCAGAGAAACUAAUGUAAAUAUGAAAAUACGAUUAUCAAAAUCAGAAAUACUUUAUUAAUCCUUCUCAGAAUUUGUAGUUGUUGACAAUCACAGCUGUUAGCCACGUGUGUUUAUACAGUUUACAAAUGUAAUUUUAAAAGGUCAAAAUAAACAUUCUUAAAUAUAGACCAAAACACUAGAUUUAAAAGAAACUGGUAGUUUGUAGUGGUUUAGAGUGGUUUUCCUUGCAUACAGUUACAAAUCAGUUGAUAACACUGGCUUUAAUUACACAUCAACACUGUAGGCUAAACAGUCAGAAAGCAAUUUAUUUUUACAUUUUCUGAUUGUUUUCUCGUGAUGGAAUCUAUUUCAGCUUGCAGCCUUUCUUGUUUAUCUGCUACACUCCGUUAAAAAUAAGUCAUAACGACAUAGUUGAACCGACAGCCCUAGUUUAAACCAGUAUUUAUCGUUGUAUUAUGCUAAUCUUGUCGUAUCGUUAGCCUCUCUGUGUUACGGUGUGUCCACUGCUGUUCUUACUGGACUAUCAAUGCGCAGUCCACACCUUCAUUCACUUUCACUCGAGAGGUAAUAGUGUUUGUCGAUAAUUAAGAUUGUUCAAGCUGGUUUAAAUUAAGUUUAGUGUGUUAUACAAACAGAAAGAUGAUUAGUUAUCUGUAUGUACAUUCAUCUUCAGACAGCAGUGCCAAAAACAAACGCAGUUAACUACUUACCAUCUCAUACGUCCUCCAUCUUGAGUCCAGGGGUUCCAUGUUUGAGAAAAUAAUCAUGUGUGUUAAUGUCACGGUUCUGUUUCAGUGACAGAAGGAGAAAGAACUUGAAGGCGACUAUCCUGUUACUGUCAUGUCAGUUUCUGCUUUUGGCCGCUAGAGGUCCUCACAAGACUUGUAUUUCCGCCACCGUACAGCUGCACCAAAGAUCCGAAUUUGUCAUAUUUCAGUGAAAACGUCAACAGCAAUUUAUUUCCCCCAGUCAACUAAAAGCUGAAAUUGACCUUUAUAAAAAAACAUUUACGUUAUUACUCCGCAAUCAAUGCGAACCGGACUGUGAUUUUUUUCACAAAUUCUGAACAGGCAGCUUUGCAUGUGACGCAAAGAAAUACCACAACCAAAGUAUGGACACAGGAUCAAGAGAGGGUUGGUCAACGUCACGUUUGACUGAGUAACAGCUGUUGUAUCAUAUCGAAUAAAAAGUGUCUUUAUAAAAGC